CUGGUCCUAUGUGACCCGGGAACUCGGGCAGGAGUUUCCAUGAGAACGUGCAGAGUUGGGUAAGCUUAUGGCCGAGGGAUUCGCCCAGACGUAUGCAGAGCGCAGAUGGUUCCGAGAAGUAUCCACUACACGUGCUAGACUCCUGGGCUUAUCGCACAGACGGGCGCUCUGGCUUCAUAUGCCCCGAUAUAGACUAUUGAGCCGUGAACCGCAUCGAUCGGCUAUUUUGCGACAAGGGAUCGGUCAUUGGGAUCCAGUCACUGACCAGCACCUUAUUAUAAGCGGCGGGGUUUCUGUUGGGUCUGGUCAUGCCUGCUAGCGAUCGCUUCGAACAGUGCGAUAUCGCUUGCCAUCGAAUCUGCA